AUGAAAAAACACCGCCAAGCUGAUGUUUCUCUUAUUUCACCUGGAGAACUUGUUGAAGCGCUUCAUUAUGGUCCAUAUUCCCGCUAUUGGUGGCACUUUUUAUCCGAUCUUAAUAAAGAUUCUAACGAAACGGUUUAUUUACCUAUUCGCGUGCAGCAAAAAAGCAAAAUAAUACUUAAUGAGCAUGAAUUUAUUGUAACAAUAGUUGCUGGCAAUAAAGAGAACAACAAUUUUUUACCAGGAUACUUGUGUCAAAGUGAAAAUAUUGUAGAAAUUGCCAAUGACCCAACUAAUGCAAUUUCCGAAGUUUAUUUUAAGAUCUUUGAAACAAAAACACGUUAUUCUGGCGUACAAAUAAUGGGAUGGAAUGAUGAAAAUAUAAUAAAAGAACUAUGUAAAGAUGUUUUUUUCGUCCCUCGUUUAAUUUCACUUGAACAAAUUAAAAUUUUUGUGUAUGGAGUAGGAUAUUCAUCACGAACUGAUUGGUUUUACGCUGGACCGGGAUAUAAAUCUUCACUUCUUUAUAAUAAGUAUCGUGGAAAUACGAUGGCAUUAUUUAUUUCCAAAAUUGAAGAAACUAAAUGUAUUCUUGAAAUUCAUCAAAAUCAAAAAUGCAAACGUAUAAUUGAAGACUAUCAAUUUAGUUCGCGUGAACUGGGAGCAUGGAAAACUUUUCUUCGUGCUGCUGGCGCUCAUGAUGUAACCCCUUGGACACAUGAGACAAGUCAGUAUCAAUUUUGGUCAAAAUCCAGCUGUCCAAAGCAAGAUUAUGCAUUACUUACUCAAUUAUAUCAAAUGGGAAUUCUUGUUGAAAAUUCGACUCAGACCUUUUGGCAAUGCUUCAAUCAUACAUUAAAAGAUAAUAAAAAAAAUUUUGAUGGGAAGCGCAGAAUACUUUCAAUUAUUGCAGAUGAUUUUACCUAUGAUGAAUUACAAGAAAAUUUGGGUGUUGGACGACAUACCAUUUUAGAAUCACGUAAAUAUACACGAACAAAUGGUUAUGGAGCACCUGUACUAAAUAAACCAACUUUUCAUCGAACAAAAUUUGUCCCUGAACAAUUGAAACAGUUUGAAUUAUUCUUUUCUACAAAAGAACAUGUAAAUAUGAGUUCUUAUAAAACUGAUAAUAAAAGUGGUCUACCUGUACUUUAUUUACAAGAUCACAAGCAAGCCUUAUGGAAUCAAUUUCAUGAAAAAUAUCCAAAUGGGAUGAAGAGAACAUCUUUUAUGACACAGUUGAAUGAAAAACAAAAAAUAGGAACUAUUACAGGAAUCCGAAAUUGGAAUGAAUUUACCUGGGUAUAUGAUGGUGAAGAAGCUGGAUAUAUUUAUGCACGACCUUUACCAAAAUUUGGCGAGUUAAACAAAUUUUCACCCAAUAAAAUCCAAAAAAUUGUUAAAAAUCGAAUAAUUGUCAAGCCAGAUCCCAUUAUUUCAGAACAUUCAAACCCACAAAAAUCUUGGAAUAUACCAAAGAUCGAUCAUCAAGAUACUGAUACUAUUGAAAGUUUAGAAAAUCAAAUGAAUGAAUUAGUAAGUACUGCUAAUCCAAGAAAAAAAAUGACAGCUGCAGAAAUGCGAAGUGAACUGUUGCAACGAGUACAGGAAGGGGAAAUAGAUGAGAAUGAGGUGCCAAAGGAAUCUACUAUUGCCAACUGGAUAACUUCAUUUUCACGAGGAUUUAACUGGUUAUAUAUUUUAGGAUAA